AUGGGCAGCAACAGCAAUGACAGCAAUUCUGAUGAUAACGAAUACAUCAUGGUCGAUACCACUCCGCUUAGUUUUGACUUUGAGGAGGAAACCACUCUCUGUGAUGAUGAGGAUUAUGACUACUGUGAUGAUGCUAUAUCAGAGGGGAUACAAUCAGAAUGUCUAAAUCUUACAGAAGACAUGAUCCUAGAAGAAGCUGAGAAACCAUCCAUACAAUAUAUCCUGGAUGAAGCCCAUAGGUCUGCUUCUCAACUGGUUUCCAUGGACACUGAACCAGCUGACACUGAAAAUGGAGGCGCUGCCGUUCCUGGCAUUCUAGAAUCAUCAGCUUCAGAUGCAUCAGGCUUUUCAGCAUCGGCUCCUGGACAAAAUACUACCAAAGUGGACAUCCCCAUGGAAAUCACCACGCAAGAGAGACCCAAGGAAGAAACCCCCAUCCAAACGGAAUCCGAUGGUCCUAAACCGACCACCACCGUCAAGACUAAGACGACACUGACACUGACGCUAAGCAAUGCCACUGCUUUGAUGGCAUCCAACAAGUCUGACCCCGCCGAAUCAGAUGCUCAAGUUGGAGGGCGAAUGUCCAACAAAAAGCGCCGCAAAAAGAUGAAGCUCAUGAAGAAGGCUGCUGCCGCUGCCAUGGCCGCUGCUGCAUUGUCAGAAGCAUCCUCAGGAGCUGUUGUGAAACAUUCCACUCCCCCUUCUCCCUCCUCAUCCAGGACCAGCAGUGGAAAGUCUUCCCCCAAGGCCAGCAGCAGUCGCUACAACAAAAAGCGAGUAGCCAACAUCGCCGUGGCCUGUGCAACCGAAACACUAUCUUCCUACAAAGCUGAGCUCGCGGGUUCUUCCAAGAAAGUGCGCUGA